AGUAUAAUAAUUUGAUGUUAUCGUUGCUAUUUCACUACAGGAAAUCAGGAUCGAUGGUGUUCCUCCUCAUAAUCCCACCUCUGGUUAUCCUGAGAGAAUGAAUAUAGCAGGCAGAGUAAUGCCUAACUUGAACAAUCAUGAAGUUACUGCCAGAAUUCCAGCUUUUUCUAACAGUGCAACUAUGAGGCGUCCAAGGAUGCUUAGCUCCUCAGACAAUGGAAAUCUCUCACCUGUUGAAGUAUACUGUCAACAACACGAAGUUACUGCAACGGGUGACAAUGUUCCUGCUCCCUUCAUGACCUUUGAAGCCACUGGUUUCCCUCCAGAGAUACUCAAAGAGGUGCGAUAUCUGCUCCAGAAGAGGAGCAUAUGUCGUACGCUGCACUGCUAUGUGCACCCUGAUACACAGCAACUGCUCUGUCCUUUGGGGGGCUGCAAAAUAAAUAGUUGGAGCCUUUUCUGGACAAGUUGGGAGGUGUUGGGCCCUGCUUCCAAAUGACACAUGAUGAGGCUGGGGUUCCUGCUUCUUCACUCCGCUACUUGGUCUGGAAUGCCCCUUUGCUGCCUCAAGUUGCUUCAAUACGUUUUGCUGGCUUCUCUUCUCCAACGCCAAUACAGGCGCAGACAUGGCCGAUUGCACUACAGAGUAGGGACAUAGUGGCCAUUGCCAAAACGGGUUCUGGGAAGACCUUGGGCUAUCUCAUUCCUGCCUUUAUUCAUCUGAUGCAAUGCCGAAAUAACUCUCAGAAGGGUCCAAAGGUAUUGGUUCUGGCUCCUACACGUGAGCUUGCAACACAAAUACAAGAUGAGGUUAUCAAGUUUGGUCGUUCUUCUAGAGUCUCAUGUACUUGUUUGUAUGGUGGAGCUCCAAAGGGUCCUCAGCUUAGAGAAUUAGAUCGAGGGGCAGAUAUUGUUGUUGCCACCCCCGGUCGGCUCAAUGAUAUCCUUGAGAUGAAGAAGAUUGACUUUCAUGAAGUUUCUCUCCUUGUUCUUGAUGAGGCAGAUCGAAUGCUUGAUAUGGGCUUUGAACCUCAAAUCCGCCAAAUUGUGAAUGAGAUACCCCCACGUAGACAGACUCUCAUGUACACAGCGACCUGGCCGAAGGAGGUCAGGAAAAUAGCAGGAGAUCUACUCGUUAAUCCUGUUCAGGUGAACAUUGGCAGUGUUGAUGAACUUGCAGCAAACAAGGCCAUCACACAGUAUGUGGAGAUAGUCCCCCAAUUGGAGAAACAGAGGCGCUUAGAAGAGAUUAUUAAAGCCCAAGAACAUGGGUCGAAGAUCAUAAUCUUCUGCUCAACGAAGAGGUUGUGUGACCAGCUUGCACGCAGUAUUGGCCGCAUUUUUGGUGCUGCUGCAAUUCAUGGAGACAAAUCUCAGGGUGAGAGGGACUGGGUUCUCAAUCAGUUCCGGAGUGGGAAGUCUCCAAUACUGGUUGCCACAGAUGUGGCUGCUCGAGGGCUUGACAUUAAGAACAUCAGGGUUGUGAUCAACUAUGAUUUUCCAAUGGGAAUAGGAGAUUACGUCCACCGAAUUGGAAGAACUGGGAGGGCUGGUGCAACAGGGGUUUCAUAUACCUUCUUUUCUGAUCAGGAUUGGAAGUAUGCAGCUGAUCUGAUAAAGGUUUUGGAGGGGGCCAACCAGCAAGUUCCACCUGAACUGCGAGAGAUGGCUGUACGUGGUGGGCCCAUCAUUGGCAAGGGGCGGAAUGGGAUGAGUCGUUGGGAUUCUGGUGGUGGGCGUUGGGAUUCUGGAGGUCGUGGUGGCUUUGUUUCCCGUGGUGGGAGGAAUGACUUUUUUAAUGGAAGGGGAAAUCGUGGGCGGGGAUUUGGUGGGCCUGGUAGGGGGAGGCAUGAACGGGGACCACGUGAUCGUUACGAAAGUAUGAAUGGGAGGGGGCGAUAUGAUAAUAGAAAAGCAGAUAGGAAUCGGGGUAGCAGUAAUAGCAGGAAUUACAGUCGCAGCCCUGAAAUGGCUCGCACCUGGGAUUAUGACAGAAGCAGAAGCAGAAGCAGAAGCCGGAGCAGGAGCAGGAGUUGGUCCCGUAGUCGCAGUAGGAGCCACAGCAGUAGCAGCCAUGAGGCCCAUGACCGAUAUGAGAAAUCACGUGGACAGAAGAAUGACCUUGGUCCUAUGGAACCAAAAUUUGUUGCUCCAGAAGAAUCAAGAAUGUCCCCCAUGUCCACUGGAGCAACAGAAGGUGGCUCAUUCUUGGGAGUUGAGCUUGCAGUUCAGCAGCCUGUAGGUGAUGGUACUGGACCUGGUUAUCCUGUGAUGGUAGCAGAGCCAGGUUAUCAGCCAGCAGCUGAACCUUAGGGUGUGCUAUAUACGACUUUUCUGCAGUUUGUUCUUUUUGGUUCUCUUGCUGGUGGUUGAAGUGGGUCCUUUCAGAGAUUGGGGAGCAGCGCGAAUGUGAAAGAAUUAUCAUAGAUCAGUAUGAUUCCAUCCUUGCAUCGAAGGAACUGCUGCAGCAACCAUCAAUGUUGCUCCCAGGUGUCUGGUGCAUUUUAGUUUGCAUUCUUUGACCGAGAGGGAUUAGUCUCUGUAUUUGGUGUCUUUUGAAGCAGGAAAGGUUUGGGGAGAUUGAAGUGCCAUUAUUGAAGGAUGACAAUAGGGAAGGCGGGAGAGAGGGGGCUUCUCUUUUCUGUUUUUUUUUGAAUUUGUCUUGGAAAUGUAAAAUUUAGUCUUCCCUGCGAGUUU